AUGGCGCUACGCGCCCUCGCCGCCCACAGCCCUGCGGACGGCCGCUACAACGCGCUCCUCCAGCUGGACGGCGCCCCGGACGCCGCAGCCCUGCAGCAGGCGCGGCAGCUGCGGCCCCUCCUAGCAGCAGCCAUUGGGGACCCGUCCUGCCUGGGUGCCCCGGAAGAGGAGCUGGCCGCGCUGCUGCGCAAGGAGCAGCUGAACAGCUACGGCAUCAUGGCGCCCCCCGGCCCCGCCGGCGAGCGCCGCGUGCGCGGCGGUGGCGUGUACCCGCGGUGCUCGCUGAUCAAUCACGAGUGCGCGCCGAACGCGGCGCGCUUCGACGCCUUCGACGCGGCCGGCCCCGCGGGCGGGGCCAGCAGCAGCAGCAGCGGCGGCGGCGGCGGCGGGGACGGCGGCGGCGUGCUGAGCAGCGGCGGCGGCUACCCGCUGAGCACCGCUGUGAGCAUCCGGGCGAUGCACGACUUGCCAGAGGGGACCGAAAUCGUGCAGAGCUACUUCCCACUGAAUUGGGACCUUCGAGAGCGGCGGCGGCAGGCGCGGGAGGUGUACGGUUUCGAGUGCUGCUGCCCACGCUGCCUGGCGGAGGCAGCGCCCGGGUGGGGCGGGGCGUCGGGCGAGAGCGGCAGCGGCAGCGGCAGCGGUAGCGAGUGGGAGACGGAGGACGGUGAGGAGGAUGGGGCUGAUGAGAUGGAGCACGAGCGGCAGGCGGCGGCGAGUGGGGGAGACCAGCAGCAGCAGCAGCAACAGCAGCAACAUUAUCAUCAUCAGCAGCAGCAGCAUGAGGUAGCAGCAGGGACUGGGCCCGGCAGCAGCGGCGGCACCGGCGAUGACCGCGGGCCGCUUGAUCCAACGUACCUGCAGCUUUUCUUGCUCAAGUACAUGUGCCCACGCAAGGCAUGCUUUGGGACAAUGGCGGCGGUGCUUGGGAGCGACCUUUGUGAGUGCAACGUUUGCGGCGGGCGGCGCAGCGAGGCCGAGUUCCUGGCCGAGUUGGAGGGGUAG